CUUCAAACCUCAAUUCGUCACGAUCUGGCGCCAACAAGUACGGCUGCACUCAUCGUAAACACUGCUUGCCAUAUACACUCCGUUAUAUCAGAGCCAUGUCGACGCCUGUCGAAUGUACACGCUAGAGCGCGUUCCCAAACCCUCCGCUGAGUACAAUGGCCGACCAACGAGCUGUCUCGACAGCGAGCCACGAUGGCAUGGAAGUCAAGUCGGCGCUGUCGGAGAUGCUGAAGAAGUCUUUCUCAGCGGUGGCGUCCGAAGACUCGUCGUUUCAGGCACAGGAAGAUGCGUUGCGGGACGCACGCAUUUCAACUCCAACUAAGAAUCAACAGAGCCCCUCCAAAGCUCGCUCGCUCUCCGACUCCACCCCAAAGCUCUCUCCGUCACCCAAGAUCAAGGAACACUCGCGCAAGGCGAAGGAUGAUCAUACAAUUCCGUCGUCUAUCUCAACCUCAACUCCUAGAACUCCUCGGCAGCGGUCAGAGUAUCUAGCUCGCGGGCUGAGCCUGCAGAUGCCACCAAGGGACUACUUGGGCAUCGUCGCGACUGGCAGCCCUACGAGUGCUUCUUUCCGUGCGCCCCCGCUAUCGCCUAGAGUUGAAAAGAAAGACAUCUAUGGGAGCCCGGCAAGUGUCCUUCCUAGACAUUCGCGAGGUCUCGACUUUGCAAGGGCAUGCACAAACCUACACCAUUCUACGCUCGCCGAAGCAUCACCUGACUCCUCACCUACGAUCACGCAGAAGGGCAUGAUGAUUCCGAAUAGAAAGAUGUCGGUCAACGCCAUGGCCAUCGACCCUCCUUCCUUUGGGCCAUGGUCUGCAGCGCCUGCCUCCGAACGCAGCGUCAUCUCGAGUUCACUCGGCAGUGUCAAGAUGCUGGACAGUGAUUCGACGAGUGACUCGGAUGACGAGCUUGAGCCCAUGGAACCCGAUGAGAACGAAGAUGUCAUCGUGAAUACUCCACAGAUCUUAAAGCGCAACAACCCAUCCGCAUCUACACCUUUCGGUAACAGCGCCGGCGCUAUCAGCUGGGCGAACGCGUUUUCACCCGGUGCCUCGAACUUUCAAAAUUUUCACAGAGCAAGGUUACGAAACGGCCGAAGUAGAAAGAGCUCGAGUAGUGCCAGUGGACACAGCAGUUUGGCGAGUCCUGUUCCAGCGUCACCACCCGCCGGAAACAAGAUGAACAGCGACGGCUACUUUGGGAGAGAUGUCGCAAUGCGAGGACCAGCAAGUAGGAGGGAAAGCUUGAGCUUACAUACCCAUGAUCUUCAUAUCUCUUCAGGCAAUGACAGUGGAGAUGAGGCGACAAAGCCACCACCUACAACGCCUGGCGUAGUAAGAAGGGCAGUGACCCGGAGAGGCAAUCUUUUGCCAAAGACGCGCGCUUUCGGCCGUAUCCGUGCUGAACUCCUUGAGGAAACUAUGCCAGUAGAUGCUGAAGUGAAACGCGAAGCCGAAGUAAUAAGGCAAGUUCGAGAGAGCGAUGCACCAGAUGUGCAACGCAAUGAUACUUUAACCGCGAAUUCGUCGCCUACUCUUCAGGCCGUCGACAGUCUUGCAGACGCGCUGCAAGGCAUUCCGGAAGAAAAUCAGACCUCCCUCGAAUCCAAGCCAGCUAAGGGCCUAUUUGGUACAUUCUCUCGGCAGUCAAACAGCAGGCGUGACGUCCAAGAAUUAUGGAACAGUUUGGACAGAACGCAUCGAACGCCUCCGCCGCCAUCUUUCUUUCCCCGACUAAGCUCGAGUACAACCAUGAGUGACGAUGUGAGCAUGGAUUCACCUGUCAUCUCUACCCCAACAGGAUCGGUCUUUCCAUGGGCAGUCCCAUCAAAAGAGGCCGCUACAAACAGCGUUGCUACACCACGAGCCUCCACUCCUCAAGCCCAAACUACAGGCACAACAAAUGCAAUCAACGCCCCUCUGACUGCUGCAGAAGGUAUCAGGAAAGCAAACAAGCGUCGAAGGGAUGAUGACUUGGACAUAGCAAGUAUGAAGCGGCGUGCAGUAAGCCCCGGUGUCAGUGUGGGCAACUCGCCUAUUCUUAGUCAGUCACCCAGUCAGCGAUCUGAUGUGUGGGGUCAAUCUUCAAAGACUACAAGACAGGAGAGCAAUGGUAGUGCAACGAACGGUGGGGGUUCUCUUCAUGAGAAGAGUAGUAGCAAUGGCAGUAUGAGCGUCACGCAGACGCCUUUGUUAGGACCAAAGAGAGUUGGCCUACAAGGAAUGACUGACAUGCAGGGGAUGACUGAAAAGAUGAGCAUUGAAUAGGAAAGGCAGGAAGGCUGUUCGUCUUUCAACUUUGACCUAGCAUAUUGCAUAGCGAUUGGACGGACUAUUUUAAGGAGUUUCAUGGAACGGGUAUUUUAAUUCAAAGAUAUCCCAUGUUUAGUUUUCAUAUUAGUAUGCAUACAAGAUGAAAAUGACGGCUUUUAAAUUGUGUCG